AUGGAGAUCAUAAAAAAAGCUGUGGAAGAGUAUGCAUCAUCCCGAAAUGUAAAAUUAGAAGAAGUUGCAAAAAAAUAUGGUAUACACAAAUCGGUGUUAUAUCGUCAUUGUACGCGGGAUAUGAAGCAACAUGGAGGCCAAAGAGCUCUAUCCGAUGAAACUGAUAUGUUUCUAAUAGAAAAUAUAAACAAAUGCGCAGAAUGGGGUUAUCCCUUAGAUACUUUGGAUCUCAGGUACAUAAUAAAAAUGUAUCUUGAUAAGAUAGGUAUAAUUCAUAAAAGAUUUAAAGACAAUUUUCCAGGACCAGAUUUUGUACAGAGCUUCCUAUUAAGACACAAAAAUGAGAUUUCCCAAAGAGUUUGUGAAAAUAUCAAGCGUGUGAGAGCUAAGGUAUCUCCAGAUACAAUUAAAGAAUAUUUUACAGAACUUGAGAAGUCUUUAAAUGGUGUACCUGCUUCUAACAUCUUAAAUUACGACGAAACAAAUUUGACGGACGACCCUGGGCGGAAAAAAAUACUAAUCAAACGGGGAUGCAAGUACCCUAAAAGAGUUCUGAACCAUACCAAGGCUUCCGUGUCUAUUAUGAUGGCUGGUACCGCAGAUGGUAAAAUGUUACCACCAUAUGUGGUAUACAAGGCAACUCAUUUAUAUGAUUCUUGGAUCCAACACGGCCCAGAGGGUACUCGAUAUAAUAGGUCGACAUCUGGAUGGUUUGAUGGAACCACUUUUGAGGAUUGGGUACAAAAUAUGGUGGUUCCUUAUUUUAAGAAUUUACCAGGUAGAAAGUGCUUAAUUGGAGACAAUUUGUCUUCACAUUUAUCAGCAGACUUGAUCCAAACAUGUAAAGCGCACAACAUCGAUUUUGUGUUUUUACCAGCCAACUCAACUCACCUGACGCAACCUCUGGACGUGUCAUUUUUCCGUCCAAUGAAGCGAGCCUGGAGGCAAUUAUUAUUAAAAUGGAAAAAGACAGAUGGUCGACAAUUACCCACAAUUCCAAAUGGUUGCUUUCCAAAAUUAUUGAAAUUAUUAAUUGAUGAACUGCAAAUAAAUGCUUCAAAGAAUAUCAUUGCUGGAUUUAAGAAAACAGGAAUUAGCCCUUUAAAUGCAACUGAAAUAUUAGCCAGACUUCCCGGCGAGGACUUAGGUGAAGACCAUGAAAGUGCUGUAGAAGAUUCUGUUCUAACACUCCUCAAAGAAAUGAGAUAUGGUUCAAUGAACAUUGUAGAACCAAAAAGAAAGAGAAAACUCAAUGUACUCCCAGGUAAAAGUGUCGCUCCAGAAGAAAUUGAAGACUAUGCAGAAACUGAUGUUGAUAACAGUAUGGCAAAUCCUUAA